AUGAGGAACAAUAUUAAUCCUUCAUUUUACUAUUUACGAGACUUGGAGAAAAUUACGAUUAACGAUAGAGAAGUUCCUAUUGAUCCUGCACGUUGGAAUUUGGGUGCAGAUAAAAAUGGUGGAAUGUUUGUAGAUACAGGAACAUCUAUUUCACAAUUUCCUGCUGAUGUUUAUGUCCAAUUUAGGUAUAUAUUUAGGUCUGAAGUUAAAGGUAUGAUAUUGGAUGAAAAUCCACCAGAACCAUUUGAUACUUGUUAUUUGGCAGAUAAUAAUAUUAAUUGGGCCAAUUUUCCAGUUGUUAGGUUUUAUUUUAAAUUCAAUAUAAUACCUCUUGAAGCGAGACAACAACAAGUGAUGAUAUUGUAUCGUAAAAAAUACUGCAUGGGUCUUCGUAGUUCGAGUCAUAAUUUUUCUGUAAUGGGUGCCAAUGUAUUACAGACUUUUGGGUUGACUUUUGAUAUUGAUGCAUGGUGGUUGACAUUUUCACCAGAUGCUUGUGAAUGA